CCGAAACCGUGAUCUGCCCCACGCAAACGUGAUUCUCCUUCGAAACUGUGAUCGGAGGGAGGAAAACCAUAAUUCGGCGCUCGCCGAGGACAAUCCAACUUCAAUUCCAAUUCACAUCCAAAGUUUUCGCUCUGCCUUAACUGGUCACGGCAACACGCGUGGAAUGAUUGGAAUUCAAACCAAUAGUAUGCUAUUUUUUAUAAAUACUCUUUCUCUUUCUUCGUCGUGUCUAUCUCCUCUCCACAUCUACGCCCAUUAUGACACCGCCGCGUCAACCGCCGCCGCUCACAGUUGCAGAGGCUACAACAAGUACCAUCCACGCCGGCGAGGAUGCAGACACCACUACGGAGCCGUCUACUUCAACAUCUCCUGAUAUACGUGAGGCAGUGGGAUUCGCAUCGUUUGGACGACACUGUGGGACCAAGCCUGACCUAGGGGACGACAUACCACAGCCUGAGAGUCGAGACCUGCACGCACAGACUGUCGUAACACCUCGCGCACACGACCUACCCCGCUCAUCCCUCCUCGACGUCAGUGACGACACCACCAGGGAACUACCAACUUCAAGAUUCUCUGAUACAUGCUUGAGGCGGCGGAGAACGGGCUGCCUGCACGCCAUCUCGUGCUGUGGAGUUGGGUGGCAAGGAAUGCGCUAUCUCCUCUUAUCGGGAUCGAGUCGCAAGACUGCAUGGAACGCGCUAUCGCCACUAACGACGAUAGCCCCUGGCCUUCCACGCCUCUCGACGUCCUGCUCACUGACUGGCAGUCGCCCGCUCCAUACGUAUUCGCGUCACCGAUAUUCUCAGUCCCUAUCACGAUUUCGCCCCGGGUGCUCGUUACUGCCCCGGUCAGGUCAUUGCAGAAAUGUCAUCCGCUCCCAAUACCAUUCAGGCUAGGUGCGAUGGCCUGCCUUUGCAGUAGGGCUUUGCUUUUAGACACUCUCACAAUCAUAUAUACCUUGUGUGCAGCAUCACAGUGCUGUGCUUCCUGAUGUUUAUUUCGUACUUAAAGCUUGAACAUCAUGUAAAUACACAUUGGAUCGCUCA